AUGAAUGAAAACAAAAUAUCGGAGAACAUCCUUGAAGAAACCAAUAAGGAAAAGGUUGCUAAAAGCUUUCAAGAAAUGAAAAAAAGAGUUUUGUGGAAAUGCAAAGUCAGCAGUGAAACGAAUAAUUAUAAAUUUGUUGAUGCACUAUCAGCAAUGGAGGGAACUUACACAAAAAUGUAUGGUACUGAGUAUUCCUUUGUUCAUGAUUCCAUGUUUGAGGUUCUUGCGUAUCAUUUUGGUUGUCAGUUUCCAGAACUGAUUUUACAAUAUAUGAGUAGUAGUUAUAUUGCCAACAACGUAAAACUCCAACAACAUAAUGAACAUAAAAUGCAAAAUUUGGAGAGUGAACAUAAACAAGAAAGUGAGAAUAUUGAAGUCUGUGGGGAGUGUAAGGAAGAGGAAGGGAAUGUUGCAUUAAAUGGUAAAUCUCGAGAAAACAUGGAGUUAUUUGAUCUCUAUAUUAGGCUAAGAGAGGAUCAGUAUUCAAUGUUAACGGAACGUUUGUACAAAGAUGUAGAAAAUAUGGAACUGUAUGACGUUUUUAUGAAUGAUAUUUUGAAAGAACCUAAGGUUUGUAAGGGUUUUAUUGAGGUGUUAAAAACAAAGUCUUACACGGUGCUUAAGUUUUUAUUUUUGUCAGUGCAGAAAAACGUGUUUAAGGUAGUGAGUAAGAAAGAACGUUUGGACAAGGAGAGUGAGGGGAGGAUAGGAAAGAUGAAGUGGCCUCGACAGAGAUUCAUGGCGUACAGAGAUCUGCGAGGCCAGGAAGUCCUGGUCAACGAGAGAAAGAAAGAAUACAAGAUUAGGGUCAUCAGUUGGGUGAUUUACUAUGGACACAAUCAUAUACUGCAAUUUAUUUUAGAACAAACUGAUCUUCACAAAGAAACACAGUCUGAACUGUUUACGAAUUCUUUAAACCCUGAAUUAUCACUUAUAACAGAAGAAGGGGAAGCUAACAAGAAUACUGAACAAUACCGCUUGCUGGUACUAAGCUGUUAUAGUGGCGACUUAGAGAUUGUUAGAAAAAUACUGAAACAUUUCAAUAGAAGCAUAAAUUUGAGGGCACUGACAAAUUUUAAUUAUGAACAUUGUAUUUAUGAUACACCAUUGACAGUAGCUUGUAUGGAAGGACAUAUAAAUAUAGUGCAAGAGCUGAUAGAGGAGGGAGCUGAUAUCAAUCAUCAAGGUGAAUAUAAUACACCAUUAACAGCAGCAUGUGAGGGUGGACAUAUUAGCGUAGUAAAAGAGUUGAUUCAGGCAGGCGCUGAUAUCAAUCUUCGAGGCGAAAUCAAUACACCACUGGUGACAGCGAGUGAGUGCGGACAUAAAAGUUUAGUGACGGAGCUGAUAGAAAUGGGAGCUGAUGUUAAUCCAGCAACUCAGUUUGAUUCACCAUUGACAACAGCUUGCGUUGGUGGAGAAAUUAGUUUAAUAAAGGAGCUCAUAAAGGCGGGGGCUGAUGUUAAUCCACAAGGUAAAUACAAUACACCACUGAAAAAAGCAUGUUUGGGUGGAGAUUUAAGUUUAGUGAAGAUGCUGAUAGAGGCAGGGGCUGAUGUAAAUCUACAGGAUCGCUCAGGACCACCACUGACAGCUUGCUGUGACGAUCGACAUUUAAGUAUUGUAAAGGAGCUGCUUAAGGCAGGAGCUGUUGUCAAUCAACAAGGCAGAUUUUAUUCGCCAUUGGCAAGGGCAUGUACGGAUGGACAAAUAGGUGUAGUGAAGGUACUACUGGAGAAGGAUGCUAACAUAAAUACAGGUGAUAACCUGGGACGAACACCCCUUUAUCUAACAAUCUUAGAUGAACCUGAGAACCUCAUUCCUGUUAUACAGAUUCUCAACAAAUAUGGUGCAGAUUCUUCUAUCUGCAACAAACAAGGUCUGUCGUCAUUGCAUAUUGCAUUAUUGAAACACAAAAACGAUGUUGUGAAUCAAUUAUUACGAGCUGAAGAUGAAAGACAGUUAAAUAAAUUAAAGUUACAUUUGUUUGAGUGUUUGGUAAACAUAAGACAUAGCAACGUUAUGACUGAUUGUAAGGGUAAUGUGGUGACUACACAGAGACGAGUAUGGCGUAUGGAGGAAUUGGGUGAUUUGUAUAGAAUAAUCAGAGAAAAUAAAUGCGACGAACUGAAACACCUGCUAGAUGUAGGUCUGGAUGUAAAUCAGCGGAUAGAGUUGUAUAAUAACAUUAAUUUUGAGGGGUUUACAAGUACGUAUGAGUCGGAUGUAAGACCUUUGCUGUUUACUCUUAUUGAUGAGAAGAGGGUCAGUGACAAAGUAGGAAAGGUCUUGACCCUCCUUGAGGGAGGAGCAGAUGUCAAUAUCAGGGUGAAAUACAGAGAGAGUGAUUUUGUGUUGGACAGAGAGGGUGUGUCUAUUCUGGAAAGAAUACGACAACUAAUGAACAAACUGAGAGAGAGCGAGUACUGGUGGGAGACAAAAGACGUAACUGAAUGUGAGAGAAUGUUGAGUGAGAAAAACGUGUUUAAGGCAGUGAGUAAAAAAGAACGUUUGGACAAGGAAAGUGAGGGGAGGAUAGGAAAGAUGAAGUGGCCUCGACAGAGAUUCAUGACGUACAGAGAUAUGCGAGGCCAGGAAGUCUUGGUCAACGAGAGAAAGAAAGAAUACAAGGUUAGAGUCAUCAGUUGGGUGAUUUACUAUGGACACAAUCAGAUAUUACAAUUUAUUUUAGAACAAACUGAUAUUCACAAAGAAACACAGUCUGAACUGUUUACGAAUUCUUUAAACCCUAAUUUAUCACUUGCAACAGUUAUAACAGAAGAAGAGGAAGCUAAGCAGAAUAUUGAACAAUACCGGUUGCUGGUACUGAGCUGUUAUAGUGGCGACUUAGGAAUUGUUAGAAAAAUACUGAAAUAUUUCAAUAGAAGCAUAAAUUCCAGGCUUCUGACAAAUUUUAAUUAUGAACAUUGUGUUUAUGAUACACCAUUGACAGUAGCAUGUAUGGAAGGACAUAUAAAUAUAGUGAAAGAGCUGAUAGAGGAGGGAGCUGAUAUCAAUCAUCAAGGUGAAUAUAAUACACCAUUAACAGCAGCAUGUGAGGGUGGACAUAUUAGGUUAGUAAAGGAGCUGAUUCAGGCAGGGGCUGAUAUCAAUCUUCGAGGCGAAAUCAAUACACCACUGGUGACAGCGUGUGAGUGUGGACAUAAAAGUUUAGUGACGGAUCUGAUAGACAUGGGAGCUGAUGUUAAUCCAGCAACUCAGUUUGAUUCACCAUUGACAACAGCUUGCGUUGGUGGAGAAAUGAGUUUAAUAAAGGAGCUCAUAAAGGCGGGGGCUGAUGUUAAUCCACAAAGUAAAUACAAUACACCACUGAAAAAAGCAUGUUUGGGUGGAGAUUUAAGUUUAGUGAAGAUGCUGAUAGAGGCAGGGGCUGAUGAACACUCCUCUUCACAAAACAAAGUGGACGUUGUAAAACAAUUACUAGAAAUAGAAAGAGAAGCUCAGCUGAAUAAAUUAAAGUUACAUUUCUUUAACUGUUUGAUUAACAUAAGACACGGUGGCGUGAUUUCUAAUAGCAAAGAUGAUGUGGUGAUAGCACAGCGACAUGUUUGGCGUAUAGAAGAAUUUGGAAAUUUAUAUGACAUAAUCUUUAAAAGUGAGUGCAUUGUUCUGAAACAUUUAUUGGAAAUAGGACUGGAUGUCAAUCAGUUGGUUCAGUUGUAUGAUGACUUUAACUAUGAGUCUGAUGUGAGACCUCUGCUGUUUUUUCUUAUUGAUGAGAUGGUGAUAGUCAAGGACAAAGUAGAGAAGAAGAUGAUGUCCUUGAUUGGUUUAGUGAUGAAGAUGGAGAUGAAGACCAUGCUGAUGUGUUGGAUAAAUAAG